AUGGGCGAGUCGUUAGGCGCACGGCGCGACAUCGUGGGGCACGACGCUUGUCGCGAGCGCGAUGUUGCCGCAGAAGAGACGAUGAAUCAAGCUACGAAAACGCGCGAUGGCCUGGUUUUUGGGUUCUGCCUGAAUUGGACUGGUUCUGCACGUUUGGGCCCAACGAGGCUGCGAUGUCGUGGGUCUAGAUUUGGUAGCCGUGCGAGGAUUGAGAGAUUCUUGAUCUGGCCAGCAAUCGAGAAAAUUGUGGUGGGCUGUUAUUGGAGGCCCGGUAAAUCAGGGCACUGGAGGGAUCUGUUUGCAUCUUUGGGCGUUUCGCAAGUGGGCUUCAGCGACAUUGUCGGGCCCAUUGGGGAUUGCGUUGUGAGGAGGCCCAGCAUUCGAGGUUUCAUGUGGAGACUAGGCGGGCCCAACUUGCUCGUGCUUUGCUAG